AUGAUACAAGAAAACCACACUGCAUUUUCUGACUUCAUUCUCCUUGGAUACUCAGGAAAGUAUCUGCCAGGUUUGCUCUUCCUGGUAUUCCUGUUAAUCUAUGUGGGGAUUGUAAUAGGAAAUGGGCUUAUAAUUUACAUUACUGUGACAGACUAUGCCCUUCACACCCCUAUGUAUUUCUUUCUGAAGAACCUGUCCUUUCUGGAGAUCUGCUACACCUCAGUCACCCUCCCAAAGAUGCUGGUUGGUUUUGUGACUGAAAUCAAGAGCAUCUCAUUCAUUGGCUGUGCUGCCCAGAUCUACUUCCUACUUAUUCUUGGUGGUGCCGAGUGUUUCCUUCUGGCUGCCAUGGCCUAUGACCGAUAUGUGGCCAUAUGUAACCCUCUGCGGUAUAAACUCAUCAUGAGCAAGCAACUCUGUUUCUGCCUUGUUACUGGGUCGCUGACUGUCAACAUGCCUGUGCAUGUAGGGCAAGUAUAUCUCAUUUUUACUUUGCCUUUUUGUGGCUCUCGUGAAAUUAACCACUUAUUCUGUGACAUCCCCCCAUUGCUGGAGUUGGCCUGUGCUGACAUCUACAUGAAUAAUGUUGCUGUUUUUGCAGCUGCCACAUUUUUUGUAAUCACCCCCUUUUCCUUUAUCAUUGCUUCUUAUGUGAAAAUAAUUUCCACUAUUCUGAAGAUGUCAUCAAGGGAAGGUCGUAAGAAAGUGUUUUCCACUUGCUCCUCACACCUUAUUGUGGUAUCUCUCUUCUAUGGCUCAGCAACUAUUGUCUAUUUAAGUCCCAGGUCAAAAGAAAGACUAGAUGUUAAUAAGUUGCUUUCCUUGUUCUACACUAUUUUAAUUCCUAUGUUUAAUCCUAUUAUAUAUAGUUUAAGAAAUGCAGAAGUGAAAGUUUCUCUGAGGAAAUUGUUUAGUCGAAAAAUGUGCUCCCUCAAAAGAGUGGGAUGCUAG